AUGGAUGAGCCAAAUUUGAAUUCGUUCACCAUGGAUACUAUAACCAGGGCCAGCACGGACCUAGAACGGAACGAUGACCGGUUCCUGAUGAACCAUUCUGUCAAGAAUUUCUCUUGGCGCGGACUCACGGUGACCGUAAAGGACCGCCAAACUCGGAAAGCACGAGAUCUCAUUUGUGAUAUUGGUGGCGAUGUGCAGCAAGGGGAGCUCGUGGCGCUGAUGGGGCCGUCGGGAUGCGGGAAAACAACCCUGCUCAAUGUGCUGGCGCGUCGGUCAUCCGGUGCCGCCAAAGUGCUAGGCGAUAGCUUCGUGAACGGGGUCAAGGUUGAUGCGGCUUCCUUUGGGCGCAUGACAUCGUAUGUCGAGCAGGAGGAUGCACUUAUUGGGUCAUUGACUGUGCGGGAGACUUUGAAGUUCGCAGCGGAUCUCUCGUUGCCUAAUUUGGUGACGAAGCGCCAGCGCAUAGAGAGGAUGCGGACUCUGCUUGAGGCUUUUGGGAUUCAGAACCAGGCUAACACCAUUAUUGGGACGCCGAUUCGGAAGGGGAUUAGUGGUGGUCAGAAGAGGAGGGUCAGUGUUGCUAGUCAGCUCAUCACUUGUCCCAAGAUACUGUUUUUAGACGAGCCGACUAGUGGUCUGGAUUCAACGGCUAGCUUUGAGGUCAUCUCGUAUGCUAAGGAGCUGGCGAGAUUGAAUAAUGUUAUCAUCAUUGCUAGUAUCCAUCAACCCUCAACGACCACGUUCCAGCUGUUUGACAAACUACUACUUCUGUCAGGCGGACGAACAUGCUACUUUGGCCCUACCGAGGAUGUCAAAACCUACUUCCACGAUAUCGACCAUCCAAUUCCCAGCAACACCAACCCUGCAGAGUUUCUCCUUGAUAUCGUCAGCUCUGAUUUCAGCAGUGGCAAGGAGUCAUCCCAGGAACGUGUUCGGGCAAUCCAGCGUGCAUGGUCGACAUCUACGGAAGCAAAUGCCCUCACACGAUGUGUCUCUGAAAGAGCAGAAGUGGCAGAGAAAGAUGUCAAUAAGGUUGUGAUGGAGGACAUGGCUUGGCCUGGUCCAGUGAAGGUCAUAGGCGCCCUCCUUCAUCGCUCCUUCAUCAAGAGCUACCGCGACGUCGUUGCCUAUGGCAUCCGCAUUGUGAUGUAUCUAGGACUUGCAAUCAUGAUGGGUACAGUAUGGCUGCGCCUUCACCCAUCGCAGGAGUAUAUCCAGCCAUUCGUCAACGCAAUUUUCUUUGGCUCGGCCUUCAUGUCCUUCAUGGCAGUAGCAUACGUCCCAGCCUUCCUAGAGGACCGCGCAAACUUUGCCAAAGAACGAGCCAACGGCCUUUACGGCCCAACCCCCUUCAUGAUCUCAAACUUCCUCAUUGGUCUCCCAUUCCUCUUCAUAAUCUCAAUCUUGUUCUCGAUUGUCUCAUACUGGCUUUCGAACUUCCGCCCAACCGGUGAAGCCUUCUUCACCUGGGUCAUGUGGAUUUUCCUAGACCUGGUGGCGGCCGAGUCCCUGGUUGUCCUUGUAACGGCGAUAUUCCCAAAUUUCGUGAUCUCUCUAGCACUCGUGGCAUUCGCAAAUGGGCUGUGGAUGAGCGUGGGUGGGUUCUUGGUGACUCCGACGAUUUUGAAUCCGUUUUGGAAAUACGUGUUUCACUAUAUCGAUUACCAGGCGUAUGUGUUCCAGGGGAUGAUGGUGAAUGAGUUCUCGCAACGAAACUAUUCAUGCGGUGAUGGGUGUCGGUGCAUGUAUACCUCGGACUUGGCAGAUCAGUGCCAGAUCCGCGGAACGGCUGUGCUAGAGACAUAUGGCUAUGCGACAGGUCGGACUGGGAAAUGGGUGGGCAUUCUUAUCGGCAUCAUUGCGGUAUACAGACUGCUCGGAUGGAUUGCGCUUCGCCUGCGCAAGGACUGA